AGUGCAGGACUGCAACGAAGGGUCCUGACAGUGCAGGUCUGCAGCCAGACUGUCCUGGAUUUGAUCACAUUCAUCACAUUUCCUUCAGAUGAGACUUGAGAAAACUUUGGUCUGUGGUUUGUUUCCUGUUCAGCAGCAGAAUCACUUCACAGCCGUUCAGCAGCUUCAUGACGAUCAUUUCCUGCUUUCACAAGCAGGUGGCGCUCUGCUAUGAAUCAGAUCAAGGACAGUGAAGAGGAAGCUCCGCCCUCUAAAACCACUCUGUGUAAGGAACAUGAGGGUCAGAGGAGGAUCCAUCAACAGAGACCAGACUCUGCCAGACCUGGACCUGGACCCAGCUGUGUGUCCAUGAAGAGUGGCUGGUCCAUGUAUAAACUUUUGAACUUCAAACAAGAACAGAGGAGGAUCCAUCAACAGGGACCAGACUCUGCCAGACCUGGACCUGGACGCAGCUGUGUGUCCAUGAAGAGUGACUGGUCCAUGGAUCAACCUGUGAGCUUCAAACAAGAACAGAGGAGGAUCCAUCAACAGGGACCAGACUCUGCCGGACCUGGACCUGGACCCAGCUGUGUGUCCAUGAAGAGUGACCAAUCUAUAGAUCGUUAUAUUAACUUCAAGGAUGGACAAAAACAUGAUGAACUGAUAGUUGAUCAGCAGAGGACAGAGGUUCUCAGUGGUCAGUCUGUCCAGCAGCAUGGAGCAGACCUGGACUCCAUAUUUAAGCUGCUGGAGGAGAACAUCAUCUGCUUUGUGAAGAACGAGCUGAAGAAGAUCCACAAGGUUCUGGAUACAGAUCACACAGAAGUCUCAGAGAGUCAGAGGGAGGAUGAGGAGCAGAGGAGCAGCAGAGAGGCCUUUCUGAAGAUCACAGAGGACUUCUUAAGGAGGAUGAAGCAGGAGAAGCUAGCUGACAAAAUCAGAGCUCCAGCUUGUCGACGUGAACUCAAAUCAAACCUGAAGAAGAAGUUCCAGUGUUUGUUUGAGGGCGUGGCUAAAGCAGGAAACCCCACCCUUCUGAAUGAGAUCUUCACAGAGCUCUACAUCACAGAGGGAGGGACUGGAGAGGUCAAUGAAGAACAUGAGGUCAGACAGAUUGAAAGAGCUUCCUGGAAACCAGACAGACCAGAAACAUCCAUCAGACAAGAAGACAUCUUUAAAGCCUCAGCGGGAAGAGACGGACCAAUCAGAAGAGUGAUGACAAAUGGCGUGGCUGGCAUUGGGAAAACAGUGUUAACACAGAAGUUCACUCUGGACUGGGCUGAAGACAAAAGCAACCAGGACGUACAGUUCAUGUUUCCCUUCACCUUCAGAGAGCUGAAUGUGCUGAAAGAGAAGAAGUUCAGUUUGGUGGAACUCAUCCAUCACUUCUUCACUGAAACCAAAGAAGCAGGAAUCUGCAGGUUUGAAGACUUUAAGGUGGUCUUCAUCUUUGAUGGUCUGGACGAGUGUCGACUUCCUCUGGACUUCCACAACACUGAGAUCCUGACUGACGUCACAGCGUCCACCUCAGUGGACGUGCUGCUGACAAACCUCAUCAGGGGGAAACUGCUUCCCUCUGCUCGCCUCUGGAUAACCACGCGACCUGCAGCAGCCAAUCAGAUCCCUCCUGACUGUGUGGACAUGGUGACAGAGGUCAGAGGGUUCACGAACCCACAGAAGGAGGACUACUUCAGGAAGAGGUUCAGAGAUGAGAAGCAGGCCAGGAGGAUCAUCUCCCACAUCCAGACAUCACGAAGCCUCCACAUCAUGUGCCACAUCCCAGUCUUCUGCUGGAUCACUUCAACAGUUCUGGAGAACAUGUUGAAAACCAGAGAUGGAGGAGAACUGCCCAAGACCCUGACUGAGAUGUACAUCCACUUCCUGGUGGUUCAGUCCAAAGUGAAGAAGGUUAAAUAUGAUGGAGGAGCUGAGACUGAUCCACACUGGAGUCCAGAGAACAGGAAGAUGAUUGAGUCUCUGGGGAAACUGGCUUUUGAGCAGCUGCAGAAAGGAAACCUGAUCUUCUAUGAAUCAGACCUGACAGAGUGUGGCAUCGAUAUCACAGCAGCUUCAGUUUACUCAGGAGUCUUCACUCAGAUCUUUAAAGAGGAGAUAGGCAUGUACCAGGACAAGGUCUUCUGCUUUGUCCAUCUGAGUGUUCAGGAGUUUCUGGCUGCUCUUCAUGUUCAUCUGACCUUCAUCACCUCUGGAACAAAUCUGUUUUCAGAAGAACCAACAACGAGCCAGUGGUCCAGACUGUUUAGAAAUAAACGCCAGUGGUCCAUACAAACAAACAAACCUGAACUGAAUCAUCUGCACCAGAGUGCUGUGGACGAGGCCUUACUGAGUCCAAAUGGACACCUGGACUUGUCCCUCCGCUUCCUCCUGGGUCUUUCACUGGAGACCAAUCAGAAGCUCUUAAGAGGUCUACUGAAACAAACAGGAAGUGGUUCACAGACCAAUCAGAAAACAGUUGAGUACAUCACGAAGAAGAUCAGUGAGAAUCUGUCAGCAGAGAGAAGCAUCAACCUGUUCCACUGUCUGAAUGAACUGAACCAUCGUUCUCUUGUGGAGGAGAUCCAAGAGUCCCUCACAUCAGGACGCCUGUCCACAAAGACACUGUCUCCUGCUCAGUGGUCAGCUCUGGUCUUCAUCUUACUGUCAUCAGGAAAAGAUCUGGAAGAGUUUGACCUGAAGAAAUACUCUGCUUCAGAGGAGGCUCUUCUGAAGCUGCUGCCGGUGGUCAAAGUCUCCACCAAAGCUCUACUGAGUGGCUGUAAACUCUCAGAGAGAAGCUGUGAAGCUCUGUCCUCAGUCCUCAGCUCUGUGUCCUCUCGUCUGAGACACGUGGACCUGAGUAACAACGACCUGCAGGAUUCAGGAGUGAAGCUGCUGUGUGAUGGACUGAAGAGUCCUCACUGUUCUCUGGAGACUCUCAGACUGAGUGGCUGUAAACUCUCAGAGAGAAGCUGUGAAGCUCUGUCCUCAGUCCUCAGCUCUGUGUCCUCUCGUCUGAGACACGUGGACCUGAGUAACAACAACCUGCCGAAUUCAGGAGUGAAGCUGCUGUGUGAUGGACUGAAGAGUCCUCACUGUUCUCUGGAGACUCUCAGAAUGAGUGGCUGUAAACUCUCAGAGAGAAGCUGUGAAGCUCUGUCCUCAGUCCUCAGCUCUGUGUCCUCUCGUCUGAGACACGUGGACCUGAGUAACAACGACCUGCAGGAUCCAGGAGUGAAGCUGCUGUGUGAUGGACUGAAGAGUCCUCACUGUUCUCUGGAGACUCUCAGUCUGUCAGGUUGUCUGGUCUCAGAGGAAGGAUGUUCUUCUCUGACCUCAGCUCUGAACUCCAACCCCUCCCAUCUGAGAGAACUGGACCUGAGUAACAAUGACCUGCAGGAUCCAGGAGUGAAGCUGCUGUGUGAUGGACUGAAGAGUCCUCACUGUUCUCUGGAGACUCUCAGACUGAGUGGCUGUAACCUCUCAGAGAGAAGCUGUGAAGCUCUGUCCUCAGUCCUCAACUCUGUGUCCUCUAGUCUGAGACACGUGGACCUGAGUAAAAACGACCUGCAGGAUCCAGGAGUGAAGCUGCUGUGUGAUGGACUGAAGAGUCCUCACUGUUCUCUGAAGACUCUCAGAAUGAGUGGCUGUAACCUCUCAGAGAGAAGCUGUGAAGCUCUGUCCUCAGUCCUCAGCUCUGUGUCCUCUAGUCUGAGACACGUGGACCUGAGUAACAAUGACCUGCAGGAUCCAGGAGUGAAGUUGCUGUGUGAUGGACUGAAGAGUCCUCACUGUUCUCUGGUGACUCUCAGUCUGUCAGGUUGUCUGGUCUCAAAAGAAGGAUGUUCUUCUCUGACCUCAGCUCUGAACUCAAACCCCUCCCAUCUGAGAGAACUGGACCUGAGUAACAAUGACCUGCAGGAUCCACGAGUGAAGCUGCUGUGUGAUGGACUGAAGAGUCCUCUCUGUUCUCUGGAGACUCUCAGUCUGUCAGGUUGUCUGGUCUCAGAGGAAGGAUGUUCUUCUCUGACCUCAGCUCUGAACUCCAACCCCUCCCAUCUGAGAGAACUGGACCUGAGUAACAAUGACCUGCAGGAUCCAGGAGUGAAGCUGCUGUGUGAUGGACUGAAGAGUCCUCACUGUUCUCUUGAGACUCUCAGUCUGUCAGGUUGUCUGGUCUCAGAGGAAGGAUGUUCUUCUCUGACCUCAGCUCUGAACUCCAACCCCUCCCAUCUGAGAGAACUGGACCUGAGCUACAAUCAUCCAGGAGACUCAGGAGAGAAGCUGCUGUCUGCUGGACUGAAGAGUCCUCACUGGAGACUGGACACUCUCAGGAUGGACCAUGCUGGAGAGCAGAGGUUAAAACCUGGUCUCAGGAAGUAUUCAUGUGAACUGGAACUGGACACAAACACAAUGAGCAGAGAACUCAAACUGUCUGACGACAACAGGAAAGUGACCAAUGUGACAGAAGAUCAGUCGUAUCCUGAUCAUCCAGACAGAUUUAAGUCCUGGCCUCAGCUGCUGUGUAGACCUGGUCUGACUGGUCGCUGUUACUGGGAGGUCGAGUGGAGAGGAAGAGUUAAUAUAUCACUGAGUUACAGAGGAAUCAAGAGGAAAGGCAACAGUUCUGACUGUUUGUUUGGAAAUAAUGAUCAGUCCUGGAGUCUGAUCUGCUCUGAUGAUCUUGGUAACUCUGUCCGUCACUGUAGGACACAAACACCCAUCAUGUCCUCUGUCUCUCACAGAGUAUCAGUGUAUGUAGACUGUCCUGCUGGGACUCUGUCCUUCUACAGCGUGUCCUCUGACUCACUGAUCCACCUCCACACCUUCAGGACCACAUUCACUGAACCGGUUUAUCCUGGGUUCUGGGUCUGUCGUGGUUCCUCAGUGUCUCUGUGUCCUCUGUAGGACAUGAAGAGACAGCAGCUUCAGUGGUGGACGAGGUCAAAGCUCGUCUCAGUCAUUCUUUGUUGAAACCAUCAAUAAAUAAAGACUUAAAAAUCAA